GCAAACUUAACCACUAUGCUGCUGGCUGGCCUCCAAAAUCUUAUUUUUUGAGGAAACAGUGCCUAGUGUGGGGCCCACAGUAAGCACCCAAUGAAUGUUUGCUAUUGAAUGAGUGAGUGAAUGCUUUACCUCUCCUUUCUAACUUUCCCUCCCCCCGCCCCCCAUUCACUGUGGAGCCCUCCCUCUCAGGAUCACUCACGUACUGAGUGGCUGAGGGCCAAGCUCUCUGCCAGCUUCAGGGCACCGAUUGAUCAGCCCAGUCCUUGCCCCCAGGGAACUGCCCAUCUUGUAACUGGCCAAUUCUGACUGGUAGUUGCCUGGGUAGGCCAGUGAAGGGGGUCCUCCAGGGGGUCUUGGAACAGCCUCACAGGCAGGUGUUUUCCCAGCUUGGAUACUCCACCCAGAUUGAGGUGCUCCGCCUGGAAAUAAUCUCCAGCCCCAGCUGUUCCUCCAGCAGGUCUCUGUGCCCUGGGGCUGCCUGGCAUCUAGAGGUCUCUGCGGAGCUGGGGCUCUUCUGGCAGAGGCCAGGGCUCACCGGUGUCUUCCGGCCCCUCCAUGAGUGAGGCAAACCAGACCUUGGUGGGCCCCUCGCAGCUCCCCACGGCAUCAGCCAUGUCUCCUGUACCGGGCACCGGGGCCCGGGCAUGGCCUGUGCUGGUUGGGGUUGUGCUGGGAGCUGUGGUCCUCUCUCUCCUCAUCGCACUUGCUGCCAAAUGCCACCUCUGCCGCAAAUACCGUGCCAGCUACCAGCACCACCAGCUGCCCAGGACAGGGAAGGGGGUCCACCCGGAGGUGGGUGAAGACGAGGAUGAUGAUGGCUUCAUUGAGGACAAUUACAUUCAGCCUGGGGCUGGCGGGCUGGAGACAGAGGGUAGCACGGACCGCUUCUCCCUCUGAGCCCCACUCUCCGGAUACCCCACCCCAUGCCUGACAGCUUAAGGAUAGUGGUUACUACACGGGAGCCAUAAGCCUCAGGGACAGAGGUGGCUAGAGCUUGUGGGCUGACUAGGGGUAGAGCAAUCCUCCCUUCCCCGAUACUAGCCACUAAAGUGACAAUACCCUCUCUUAAUCAAUAACCCUCAAUGGCUCCCUGCUGUUCUCAGGAUAAAGCCUCCCAAGGGCCUGACUAUGAAAUCAACUUCAUGGUUUCUUUUCUUGCCUUUCCCCACUUUACUCCCUACUUUAAUUAUUUGUUAUUCUCCUCUCCUCCCACAUUCUUUCUCUGUGCACCUUUGCUCCCACCCUCCCCCUGGCCUAGACUGCCCUUCCAUUCUUCCAGAUCCUCUAUGACAGUGAAGAAAAUCCCUGGCCAAUAGACUCCUACUGCCUGCCUGCCAGCAUUUCAGAUGUGCCCAGAUGAUAACAUUUUAGCGGGUGAAAACCAGUGUGCCAAGUUCCCUGUUGAAAUUUUUUCCUAUCAAUAAAAUGGGUAAUCAAAAUGGUGGUAAUAUAUUAUGUUUUUCAUAGGUGUUAAUAAAUCUAGUUUCAUUUUAAAUCAAAGUGAAAAGAAGUCA